CAUUUAUCGAGACACAAAACCCCCCGACAUCACCGCUGCCAACCUCAGAGUCAAACUGUCUUUCCAGGUUUCCCUUAGCACGUAUCCUUGCUAUUGGGCUAACCCCCAUCUUCGUUACGCCUCUCCUACAACGUCACUCGGCUUUCAUCUCCUUCGCCAUGAAGUUCGACACGUCGCUUUUGGUCGACGAAGUCUGGAAUGCGAGAAGGGACAGCCGCCACGAACCAUCAGUUACAAACAUCCCGCUGCACUAUGAACGAGCCAAGUCGCUUUGUCUGAGCAGAGGCCUCACAGUCGACGACAUUGAUAAGCUGACCCCAAGGUUUUGGGACUUCCACUUCGAUCCCAUUUCUUCUCGGGACAUGACAGCCUUCGUCAUCGCAUCGAUUCAUCUCAACUUAUGUGUCGGAACGAUUGCAAGGUUCUCACGCGAGCGGCCUGAUCUCACGGCCACCCUCGAGGAACUCCUCACUUUCAAGGCUUGUGGAGAAUUCAUGUUGACAGAGGUCGGCCAUGGCCUCGACGCCCGCAAUUUGGAGACGACUGCGACGAUGGAAGCCGACGGGUCUUUUACCCUGAACACGCCGAAUGCAGGCGCCGCCAAAGCAAUGCCGCCAUCCUCGCCGCUAGCCGGCAUGGCCCGCGUUGCUGUUGUUUUCGCCCGGCUCAUCGUGGACGGCGACGACCGAGGGGUGAAGCCCUUUGUCGUGCGGAUCAACGACGCGAGAGGCAUGUGUGACGGCGUUGUGUCGCGUGUGCUCCCUGUGCGGGCCGGCACCAAGCCGCUGGACCACUCCAUCACGACGUUUUACAACGUGCGGCUUCAGCCCGAAGCGCUUCUGGGAUCGGCAUCGCGAGCUGACAACGAGCGAGAGGGGUUUCUUGCCCACAUAUGGAGGGUGUCCGUCGGCACGCUCUCUCUCUCUAUUAUGGGCCGGCGUCGUAUGGUCGGAGAUAGGGACAAACAGCCCAUCAUGCAGUUCAGCACACAGCAGAGACCGAUCCUGGAAGCACUGGCGCACGGAGAAGUCCUGCAUGCAUACGCCAAGUGGAGCGUUGGCGAGUUUAUGAACCAAAACCACAACGCAGACGUCCGCAGAGGGAUCGCUACCGUCUUCAAAGUCUUGGUUGUGCGAUCGUCUCGUCUACUUCACGAGCUGACGGAGCGAUGUGGCUGGCAGGGCCUGUACGCGCACAACCAGAUAACCGAACUCGCAUCGACCUUUCAAGGGAACUCCGUGGCCGAGGGCGACACGCUCGUUAUAAGCAUUCGUCUCGCUUCUGAACUCCUCAUGAACAGAUAUGGCCUUCCACAACCAACCGAUCCGACAGGAUCUCUUGCCAUGUAUGAAGCCGGGAUGCUCGAAGAGGUUGUGAGCGACAAAAACCUCGCACUCGGCGUAUCCGGCAGCCUGAGGGGCACGACCUACAACAACAGCGUUCUCCCUCGAUGCAGAGUUAUGGUGGAGGCCAUCGGACAGCGCAUGGCCUACGAGGCAGCCCAGGCGCAAGGUGAUAUCGCGCCCGAGGUGCUUGAUGUGUUUGAAAAGUCUUGCAUUCAGAGGGAUCCAUCCUGGUUUGUCGAACACGGCUACGGCACUCGAUCUGCGUUGCGGGAUAUCGAGAACAGGGCGUACUCCAACUUAUUGCCCCUCUUGCCCACGCUGGUGGAAAGGGCCAAUGCUAAAGAGUACAUCACGGCGCCUUUGGUUGAAGAGGGAGCCAUGGAGGACUUCAUCAAGGCCUUGCCGGCUUUUGGGGCUCGUACGGACGACAUGAAAGUGAGGACUACAUGGUGA